AAAAAUGUUUAAAAAUGUAAUGUAAAAAAUGGCAAAUUUUAUGUGUCCAAAACUGCAACAGAAGCUACCAAUUCUUGCUACAGUUUAUCCCAGUUACUAUUUUGGUGUCGCUACAAAGGCGCAGAGGAAGCUGAACACUAGAUUUAAAGCGCCACGUAGGCUUGUUUUAGGGUUAGGAGCUUCUUUUUGGGCACAAUUUAUGAGUAGUGUUGGUGGUGGCAAGUCUUUCAUUGCUUCUGCUAGGCAAAAGGGUGCUAUUGAAGAGGUAUUGAAGAAUGUGGAUUGGCCUGAGCAAUUUCCCUUCAAGGAGGAGGAUUUUCAGCGCUACGACGAGUCACCAGACUCCUCAUUCUAUGAAGCUCCCCGAUUUGUGACACACAUUGAUGACCCAGCCAUUUCUGCGUUGACAAAGUACUACAAUGAGGUUUUCCCUCCAAGCAACACACCAGGAGUCAGUAUCCUAGACAUGUGUAGCAGUUGGGUCAGUCAUUAUCCAAAAGGAUAUAAGCAAGAUAGAAUAGUUGGACAAGGCAUGAACGAAGAAGAGCUCAAACGCAAUCCUGUUUUGACAGAGUACAUUGUUCAAGACUUAAACGUGAACCCUAAACUUUCAUUUGAAGACAAUUCUUUUGAUGUCAUAACUAAUACGGUCAGUGUUGAUUACCUAACAAAGCCGCUUGAUGUUUUUAAAGAGAUGGCUCGAAUACUCAAGCCCGGCGGACUGGCUAUUAUGAGCUUUUCCAAUCGUUGCUUCUUUACAAAAGCAAUCUCAAUAUGGACAUCCACCGGUGAUGCUGAUCAUGUUAUGAUAGUCGGGUCAUAUUUCCACUAUGCAGGAGGAUUUGAACCUCCACAAGCAAUUGACAUAUCUCCGAACCCUGGACGUUCAGAUCCAAUGUACAUUGUUUACUCUAGAAAGGCUUCUACGGCUUGAGCAGAAGUGGAUAAAUUUUGUAUGAUCUCUUAAAUAUACUAUCAUUUAUUUAUAACAAUAAGUAAAUAUAUUUCUUCA